GCGGCUCUCCCCGGCUCCCUACCCCGCCCGCCCCGCCGCUCCUUCCCAGUCCAGCUGGGCGGGGACUGCCCUAGGACUCUUUAAAGUCUGUGAGUCACUGCACAACCUAUCAAUCCAAUUAAAUGUCUUGAGCGAGCCGAGCGGGCGGUGCUCCCCGCCGCCGGCCGCCCCUGCUCUCGGCGCCCCGCUAUCCAUGGCUGGCUGGCUGUACUCCUCCCGGUGCGCCCUCCUCCCGCAUCUCGCCAGCCUCGGCUACUUCCCCUCAGCCAGCCUCUGCCCCCAGGCCGCCACGGCAUGGGCUAGACCCCGAGCCGCUUCUUGCCGUCUUCCGUCCAGUCCGCGCGCGGUCUCGCCCCUUUAGCCCGUCUCGCCCGUCCCCGCCGUUUCCCCGACAGUCAGUCCAUUCCUCGGUCGGCUUUCCUCCGCGGGGCAGCGGUGGAGGAUCAGCCGGCUCCGUAGGAGCGGGCGCCCCCACCCCGCUCCCCCUCCGGCUCCUCCGCGCUCCCACUCGUCGGGAUCCCCGUCCCGCACCGAGGGACGCACCGACCGACGUCCUCUCCCCGCGGCCGUACGACCCGCCCGGGGGCUGGACCCGGCGCCCACUUCUUCGCGGAAGAUAUAUGUUGGGUAAAGGAGGAAAACGGAAGUUUGAUGAGCAUGAAGAUGGGCUGGAAGGCAAAAUCAUGUCCCCCUCCGACGGUCCAUCCAGGGCGUCUUACACCUUACAGCGCCAGACUAUCUUCAACAUUUCCCUUAUGAAACUGUAUAACCACAGGCCGCUGACAGAGCCCAGCUUGCAGAAGACUGUCUUAAUUAACAACAUGUUGAGGCGGAUCCAGGAGGAACUCAAGCAGGAAGGCAGCCUGAGGCCUGCUUUCAACCCCUCUUCCCAGCCCAGCGACUCACUGAGCGACAGCUACCGGGAGGCCCCACCUGCCUUCACCCACCUGGCCUCACCUCCUGCUCACCCCUGCGACCUAGGAAGCACUACACCCUUGGAGGCCUGCCUCACCCCUGCCUCCCUGCUCGAGGACGACGAUGACACUUUUUGCACUUUGCAGGCCGUGCACCCUGCAGCUCCCUCCAGACUCUCUUCUCCAGCCCUUCCAGCAGAGAAGGACAGCUUCUCCUCCGCCUUGGACGACAUCGAAGAGCUCUGUCCCACAUCUACCUCCACAGCGGCUGCCGACGCAGCAGUAACAGCAGCAGCAGCCCCUGAGGGCUCAAAAGGAACCUCCAGUGAGUCUAGUGUCCAGAAACCUGAGGGCCCCCAGGAAGGCCGCACAGAUGACUCAAGAUUCAUGGACUCUCUGCCUGGAAAUUUUGAAAUAACAACGUCCACGGGUUUCCUGACAGACUUGACCCUGGAUGACAUCUUGUUUGCUGACAUUGAUACAUCCAUGUACGAUUUUGACCCCUGCACAUCUGCAUCAGGGACAGCCUCAAAGAUGGCGCCUGUGUCAGCUGAUGACCUCCUCAAGACCCUGGCUCCCUACAGCAAUCAGCCUGUUGCCCCAAGUCAGCCUUUCAAAAUGGAUCUCACAGAGCUGGACCACAUCAUGGAGGUACUUGUUGGCUCCUGAGACCUGGAGCCCCGUGACUGUGUCCAGCCAGGCCCUGCACCUGGGGACCCCAUGACUGCGCCCAGCCAGGCCCUGCACCCUUUCAGUCCCGACAGUUUCUCCGCACUGUGCAUGGACCCUUGCUUGCCUUUUUCAGAGAAAAAGAAAAUUUUACAAAAGGAUCACACUAGUAUUUUCUUCAAGCAGAGUUGGAGUGCCUUCAUUCGAGUAUGACCACUUUAACACACUCUUCUGAGUGGGUUCCUCAGAGACCUGCUGUCCUGGCGUAGGAGAGAAGACGUUUGAAGACUGUGUUGUUAAUGUUGAAAGGUGAACAUGAACAGUUCAAGUGAAGCACAAGGAUUAAGUUGGAAAAGCUGUAAAUUGCAUGUGCAUAUUUGUCUAUUUUUUCUAUAAGUUUUAUUGCAAGAGGUUAAAAAAAGAAUAUAUAUCUAUAUUAUUUGGAUAAUCUCAGUACCUUUUCUGGCGGGCGUUUUGCCCUGUGUAAGUUGACUUGGCACUUCAGCCUUUUUAGAGGCAUUAACUACUCGUAAGUGUUGCAUUUACAUGGCUGUUUAGAAAACUGCUGCCCAAAUUUAUUUUAUAUUUUUGUACAGAUUCUGCAGUUUAUGAUAUUGUUUUUCUAAAAACAAAUGCUGUUUAUACAUAUGAAAUAGCUAUUUUGAUAGGAUUUGCUCACAUAGUUCCUGCAAACGUGAGAUGUACAAGUUGCACUUGUACUUUUAUAGACUCGUAAUGUUUUAUAUGUGUAUGGUGCAAGAGAGAAUCGGAUCACGUCAAUCUACAGUUGAUGUCCCCAAUGCAAAUACACACAGCGCUUUAAUAAAGGGCCAGGUGAUCUGACACCCACAUUUCACAAGCACCAGCCCCUGGCACGGUCACCUGCCAGCACUGUGACUUCCAAAGCCAGAGCCCUUUCUGCUCAUCAAACUUGCAUUAAGCAGUUGGCUGGGAGAUAGUUGUGUAUCUGGGGUAGGGGCAGAGUUCAUGGGACUGCUCCUUAGCUCCCUCUUUUGAGCAGAGGCUGCAUCAUCUCAUUUAAGAGUGGAUUCAUAGCAGGGUGUGGGACACACCCCUGUAAUUCCAGCAGUUGGCAGGCAGGGGCAGGUGGAUUUUUGUGAGUUCCAGUCCAACCAGAACUAUACAGUGAGAACCCUGUCUCAAGGUGAUGGUGGUGGGGGGUGGGGAGCAGGGGGAUU